GUUAGUAUUAGGUCAGACUCAUAUAGCGCUGCCGUGUGUGUGUAGUUAGCAUUUAACGGUUAGGCGUUCGCGUAGUGCUAACAGGCUAACGGCUUAGCGUUAGCUGUUCUAGUCAGAUCAGCUCAGUUCACGUAUUUGUUUAGCUUAUAAAAGUAGUUUUAUUUCAUUGAUCUGGACGUGUGUGGAAUAAUAUAAGUUUAAUAAGAUACGUUGGCCCUCACACAGCACUGAUGUAAGCGAGUGCCUCACCUCUACCUCACCCACCUGCUUUAUCUUCUGCAGCCGAAUUACGUUCAUCUACUGAAGACUCAGGAGCAACCUCAUUCCCUCAUUCUUACAUCAGAAUUGUUAUAAAGCAUGAUAAUCUGACUCCCUCAAGACUCCCAGGCUUCAGUCCUUACUUUUAUCGAAUGAGAUUGUGGCUGACGGGAUGCGAGGAUGUCGGAGGAAGGAGAAGGCCACCCGGUGAACUCUCAGUUUGCCGUUUCUGUUCUCGAUCAGCUGAAAGUGUUUUAUGAAGAGAAGCUGUUAACCGACAUCACGCUGCUGGUGGAGGACCACGAGUUCCACUGCCAUAAAAUUAUCCUGGCUACCUGCAGCUCGUACUUCAGGGCGAUGUUUAUGAGCGGACUGAGCGAGAGUAGGCAGUCUCAUGUCCACUUGAGGAAUGUGGAUGCUGUCACGCUGCAGACCAUCAUCGCGUACGCUUACACCGGUAUCCUGGACAUCACCCACAGUACGGUGGAGCUGCUGUAUGAGACGGCCUGCUUCUUACAGGUGGACGGUGUCAUGUGCGCCUGUCGCGACUUCUUACUGCGCUCCCUGUCGGUGGAGAACUGCGUGCGGCUGCUGAGCCUGGCCGACGCCUUCGGCUGCGCCGAGCUGAAGCGCGGCGCCCAGCGCCUGGUGGAGCUGAACUUCCGGCACGUGUGUCGGGACGAGGCCUUCCUGCAGCUCCCUCACACGCUGCUGCUGGAGCUCCUGGGCAGCGACGCGCUGGACGUGGAGCGGGAGGAGACGGUGCGUCAGGCGGCGGCGCUGUGGCUGGAGCACGACGCGGCGCACCGCGAGCGCCACCUGUCGGCGGUCCUGGGCCUGGUGCGCGUCGACGCGCUGGCCGAGAUCACGCAGCGGGCCUGGUUCCGCGGCCUGCCCCAGAAUCACAAAUCCAUCGUCAUACAGGGGCUGUACAAAUCCAUGCCCAAGUUCUUCAAACCGCGCCUGGGCAUGACGAAGGAGGAGAUGCUCAUUUUCGUCGACACCGAUGCCGCCGGCGAGCAGAACAGUCUGCACUCGCGCCACGCGCCUAGCAAUAACAACGACGACGGUUUACAUUUGAAUCACCUGCUCGGCAGUAACGACGAAACGCUUCGGUCGAUUCUGUGCUACAGCCCUCAAGCCGAAAAGGUCUACAAGCUCACCAGCCCUCCGGACGACCUGCAGAGGUUCGGCAUCCUGGUCACGCCCGAUAACGACGUGUUCGUCGCCGGAGGUGAACAUCCCGCCAAAGACGACAAAUGCAAGGCGGUCACGAAUUUCUACUGGCUGGACGCUCAGCAGAACGCGUGGACCGCCAAGGCGGACAUGUCGAGCGCACGCGCGCGCCCUUUACUCGUCUACUGCAACGAGUGCGUUUACGCCAUAGGAGGGGGCGGGCACGACGGCGUGGGCGCGGCGCACGACGAGGACAUCACCAUGGAGCGCUACGACCGUAGAAGGGACGAAUGGAGCGCGGCGUGCCCCAUGCCCCCGAAUAGCUCCCUGAGCCAGAACAGCAUGGCGGCGGUCGCCGUGAACGACCGCGUUUACGUCAUCAGCCACGACGCCACGUUUUGCUACUCGUCGCGCAACGACGUCUGGACGCAGAUAUUGACCCCGAGACGUCGGAGCUGUUCGGACUCGGCGUCGUUCUUCUCCGGCUCCUCGUCCGCCGCCGUCCUGGGCGACCUCAUUUUCUACGCGGAAGGCGGCGGAAUCGUGGAGAUCUACGACGCCGUGCGCGACGAGUGGCGCGUCGCCGGGGCGUUGCCGGUCUCCGACGGCGACGCCGCGUCCGCCUCGGAGGCGUGCGUCCGGGCGGUCGUGUCGCUCGACGCGGUUUGCGUGUUGGCCCGCGAGAGUCACGGCGGCUACGCGUUAAUACGGUACGACGCGCCGCGGGAGCGCUGGCAGCAACCCCAGCCUGUGCCGCACCGCGCCCUCGGCCGCCUCGGCAACUCCUGCCGCAUCGCCGUCGCCAAGCUCUACCCGUCCUGUCUGGACGAGUCGCCGUGGAAGCCGCCGGCGUGCCCGUUCCCCCCCGACGACGAGGACGUGUUCAGCGCCGACGCGGAUCCUAUAGAGCUGCCGGACCUUUAGAGGACCGUGCGCUCCAUACGGGUGUAACCAGUGGAAGAUAGUUGGCGGUUAUUAAAUGAAGACGACGGUUAGCUAGAGAUAAGGCACUGAAAUAUAAGUACUUAAUAAACUGAAAAAUCUGACA